AUGUUGUAUAAACCCGAGAAAACGAUAUGUGUUAGUGAACGAAGAAAAGAAGUCUUCUCCCUAAUACAUAUGCUUCACAUGUAUUGUCAUACGUUACAGGAGAAUAUUGGAUUAGUUGAUGCCUUACAGCUUCACACUGAAAAGUGUAAUGGUAGCGUUUUGGAUCGUAACGAGCUGGUCUACGUCAUGGCAGUGAUCAUGGAAUGGGCAUAUCAGUCACGCAGCGUCCCCGAGAAUUUGAAAAAGGUACGCCUGAUCGUCUGCAUUACAGGUUAA